AUGUCCUUCUCGGACCAGCCGUUCUCCUAUGGGCCAUUCGUUCCACAUUAUAUUCCUCGCCAGUACAUCGAAACAUAUUUCUCCACCCAAAAGACUGACGAAUACCUGUCUCUCAACACUACAGUCGAAGAUAUCUCCCAGCUCCCUGCCGCUACAAGAGGAGGACUGAAGCCUUGGAGGUUAACGUUACGGAAAUAUGACCCUCUGCGACACGUCGAUGUAUGGUGGCAAGAAGACUUUGACGCCGUUAUACUUGCCAACGGGCACUAUGCUAUUCCUUGGGUUCCGCAUGUCCAAGGCUUGGAGGCAUAUAUGGACAAGUUCCCUGGCAGAGUAAUACACUCCAAAUUCUAUCGCUCACCCUGGUUAUAUGCCAAGAAAAGAGUCCUCGUUAUUGGAAACUCCGCCUCUGGUCACGAUAUUGCAGUGGAUCUUCUACAGUCUGUCCAGCAACCGCUCUACCAGUCACGACGAUCGCGAGGGAGGUUGGAUGGCGAUGAACCUCCCCUGGGAAUGGAGUGGAAGACAGUCAUCAAAGAGUAUCGACUGGAUGGUACAAUCGUGUUCGAUGAUGGCAGCGAACUCAAAGACAUUGAUCACAUUAUUUACUGUACAGGAUAUCUUCCAUCUUAUCCAUUUUGGAACAGCAAAGUAAAUGGUCGACCACUAUUUGACUACAAGAAAAGAAAGCUCAUCAACAACUAUUGGCAUACCUUCUUCCAGGACAUCCCCAACUUGGCAGUAGUCGGUAUGCCUCGCGUCUUGACGUUUCGAAGCUUCGAAUAUCAAGCCGUCGCACUUGCACGACUCUUCUCUGGGAGAAACUCGAUUCCUCUUCCACCAAAGGAGGAACAAAAGAAAUGGGAACUUGACAGGGAGAAACUCUGUAGACAGCAGGGAAGAAAGUUUCACGAGAUAGAGUGGGAGACUGGUGAGACUUUCGGCUGGCUGGAGGGGUUCUUCAAGAUCGCGGGUCUGGGAACAUUAUCCGGGGAAGGCAGAAUACCUCCUGUGUUGAGCAAGGACCUUAUCUGGGCCAUCGAGCAUGUGAGAAAAUACCCAGAUCCGGGUAAGGAUGAUCACGACAAGAAGAGGGAAGGGUCGCAAAGUGAACAUGAUGGUUGGGAUUUGGUUGAAAGCACUCAUAAGGAUCUUUUGUCCUUCAUCUAG